AUGGAAUCUUUAAGCAUUUUCAAGUUCUGGCGGAAUGUCACCGGAGAUUCCUUUAGAAAUAGCUCCGACGUAGAAACCGACGACGAAGAAUCGUUCUUCGAUUUGGUCUUGAAAUCGCCUGGUUGCACCAAUAACGAAGAAACAAAAAAGGAGUUUCAUUUCGUUGAAUCUCCGAGAGAUGUUUUCAUGACCGGGAACAAUUUAUCAAUGGAAUCUGAUUCAAAGCUGUUAUCGUCUCCGAUUUCGCUACUGAAAUCGGGGCCGAUGUUUAAAGUAUUCAUGCUGGGGUUCAGAAAGGCGGGAAAAAGUGAGUCCGGCGACGAGUUACCGGCAAUUUCAUCGACUCGGUUCUCGAGAUCAUCCAAAAACGAACAGAGCAAACGCUUUUCCGUGAAAUGCAAAUCUGAAGCUGCAGUUUCCCCAUGUUUAACCAGAGAUAACAGUUUGAGAAGCAAAUUGAUAAAAGAAUCCUCCGAUGAGACCUCCACAGUAGCUAAACCAAAGCAGUCUGUCCCCAAGUAUUUAAAGCUGAUAAAGCCUCUGUAUGUCAAGGUAUCAAAGAGACAAAAUGAAAAAUCGAAGUUCUCUAAUUCCGUCACGCCGAUAUCUUCCCCGACGACGGCGACGGUAAAUCUAUCGCAGAGCAGCAGAGUGGGUAGUUUUAAGAUUGUAACUAAGCACUUAGGAAAAAGCCGAUCGGCCUCAGCUGCUGUCGGAAUGUCACCGUCGCCGAUUAACCGGAGGGAUGGUUCCCUAUUGCAACAGCACGAAGACGGAAUCCAAGGCGCCAUUCUUCAUUGCAAGAAAUCCUACGACUCUUCGUCGAAAGAACUUUCCCAGCUAUGGCGAUCUGCAAUUGGUCCUCCUAACCAGAAAGCAAUAUAUCCGGGAAGAAAUUCAUGGGAAGAACAGAAGAGAUGCAGCAUUUGA